AAUAAGCAUGCUUACACACACCCUACACAUAAAAACGAAAUUAUUUUAAUUAUUAUAGAAUUCACUUAACAAUUCCGUUGUUAUGUUUCAGUUCUAGAUCACUCAGUUUUCACGUGAGGGCGACUCUUAUUUUGAAAAUGCGAGAAUCGACGCCAUUGUUACGUGUUAUGAGUGUAGCUUUGUUUACAUUACUCAAACGGACGAGAUAGAAGCUAAGAUGAGGGGCUUUUAAUUCUAAACGGAAGCGUAACUGUAUUAAAAUAUCGCUGAAUAAUAGCUUUUCUUCAUUAUAGCAGCUGGAUGAGCAUCUUUUAUCAGGUUCCCAUCAGGAUGGACCAAACAACGCGGGAUAAGCUGUCAGAACUGGUUGAGGAGCUGACUACCUCUGGGGAACCACAGCUGAAUCAAGACAAAAUGAAGGAAGUGAAGAAAAUUUGCAAAGUUUCCAAUGACUACAUUGAUCAUUUCUACCACUUGAUCAUGACCCAACUAAACCAAGAUCACGCAGAGAUCCGUCUCUCAGCCUUCCAGAUGGUCAGUGAGGUGUUCAGCCGAUCACAUCACUUCAGAGUUCUCCUCAUCACCAACCUUCAGGAGUUCCUGGAACUCACUGUGGAAACAGACAUGGAACAGCCUCUGCCUCCACCCAAAGAGGUGGCGAGAAAACUCAGGACGCUUGCCAUCCAGACCGUACAGUCAUGGCACGCCAAGUAUGGAGAGGCAUAUAAGAAACUGUCUCUGGGAUAUCACUUUCUUAAACAGAUUAAAAAGGUAGAUUUUCAUGAUGUUGAAGCGAGAACACUUGCUGAGAGGAAGAGACAAGAGGAGAAACUGAAGAGAUUGGAAAGAAUUUAUAAAGACAAGCUCGACAAGGCCAAACAGGAGAUGGAAGAAAUGACCGCUGCUAUUGAGGAAAACUUGACUGAGAUGAACAACUGCAUAAAACUGCUCGCUCCUGAUGACUUGAACCUGUUUAAUGAGGAACCAGCAGCAGCUAGCGCCUCUACUGAAGCUGAGGACAUAUCUGACCAGCCCUGCUGCAGUAAAGACCUGAGCCAUGAGCAGAAUAGACAGAUGAUAGAAAAGAAGAAUGAGGAAGAGCAAAAAGACGAGUCUAGUGAUGAAAGUGACAUGGAGGAGGUUCCAGAUAAGGAUGCGUUUCUCCGCAGCACUGGUUUAAUGUCUCAUCGAUAUCAACUGGAGCUCAAUGUGUCUACAGAUUUAAAAGUGAGGGAGACGGAGGAGAAUGAGGCAUUAGUAAACACUGUGAGGGAUCUUCAUAGACUUGUCACAACCAGACACCUGCCUCUGGUGCAAGCUUGGAUCCAGGUUUUUACAAAGGUAGGCGUAGAGGAAGAACUGAUGCGAAGAGCCACUGAGUUGAAGAAAUCACUGGAGAACACCUUGAAAAAACAUGAACAUCUUAACUUAGACUACAAGGACAGAGAGAGAAGAGUGAUGAGAGCUCCUGAGGAUGGAGAAGAGGAUGAUGAUGAUUUUGAAGAGGUGCCGGAGAAGGAGGGCUACGAACCGCAUAUUCCUGAACAUCUGCGGGCAGAGUACGGUCUUGAUGAAGCUCCAUCAACAUCUACUUCUGUGGCCAAACCAAAGCCAUCAAAGCCUGCAGUCAGACCUGCAGUUCCUCCUGUGUCCUCCAGCCUCUCUCGACUCAAGAAGAUGCGUGAUGAAGAGGAGGACCCCACUUGUGCUGCCGCUACACUGCGUGUGCUCAAACAGAGGCUUCUUUCUGCCCCAUCCACAAGUGUAUUAGAUGAUUCUGCUGAGCCUGCCGGUAGCAGUGCUGAUCAGGGGGACAUGAACAAGGAUAAAGCCCCAGUGGUUCCGUUUGGUAUGGAUCUUUACUACUGGGGAGAGGAGCAGCCCACUGCUGGCAUGAUCAUCAAAAACACCUCCCAGCACCAGUUCUGGGUGCCUCAUGAGGUGGAAGAGGAAGUGGAGAACAAGGAGCUGUCUGCACAGAUGAAGUCUAGAUAUAUCACAUUCGCUGGGAAGUUUAAACCUGUGGAGCACAAGUGCAAAGCGCCAAUGCCAAAUGGAUCUCUGUGUGAGCGUCAGGACAGAGUAAAGUGCCCAUUCCAUGGAUGCAUUAUCCCUCGGGACGAGCUAGGCCGGCCGAUUAACCCAGAAGAUGCAUUGCGAUUAGAGAAAGAAAAGAGAAAACGCGAGGAGGAGCAGCCAGAUUGGCGAGACCCUGAACUCAUGAGGGAGAUUGAGGCAGCGACUGGAGAAGAUCUGGGUUCCUCAAAGACGUACGGGAAGGGAAAAAAGGGAAACAAAGGGAAAAAAAAGAAGUACCCAAACCUUACAGACUUGAAGCAAAAUGCCAACACAUCACGUGCCAGACUAGAGAAGAAAGUCUUCAACAAGAGCUCCGUGAGACGAGUAACAGAGGUCAUGAAUAAGAUGGACAAGCGGAAACAUGACAAAUUUUCAAAUCAGUUCAACUAUGCAUUGAAUUAGAGACAGCCUCACCUCCACAUGCCGGUGUUUGGAUUUUACCUCAGUAAAUGAAGUGCAGCUCCCAGCAACAAAGCCUUAAAUAAAGUUGAAUAACCUUUGAUCAAUAUAAACACUGCAGAUUAUCAUUUUAAAAUGCCUGUUGUUGUAUUAAAUUAUUAUUAUUAUUAUUAUUAUUAUUAUAUAUUUUUUUGCAUCUGUAUGGUAAACAACUAAUUUCAAGUUGGUAAAUUAUAUAUUUUACAUCUUCAAUCCAAUGUAUUUUUUCCCCGCAAUUUUUGUCAUUAUUUGCUUUGUUCAUUAUUGUAUUUAUGUGAUUCAGAUUUUUAAAUAUUACUGUACUUUUGCCUAAAUGUUUUGUCAAUGUAUGCAAAUAUAAUUUGAAUAUUCUGAAUGUUGAU